AUGCGUUCUCAGCAACUUCUCGCGCUCUGCGGCCUUAUGCUUGCCGGUCCCCUCGCUAUUGCCGCCAAAUUAGAGCAUGACGAUGUUCCCAACCGCUGCUGGGCUGCCUGUGGCCCUGUCGUGGGCAUUUCGGAGAGUUGUGAUUCGCAGCAUGACAAUGACUCUGCCGAGUUGCAGUGCAUUUGCAAUUGGGCACCAGCGAAGACGCAGAUCCCACUCUGUGCGGCUUGCAUCACCCAGUACGGAGACGACGAUAACGAUAAUGAUCAUAAUCAUGACGACGAUGAUGACGAUGACGAUGAUGAUGAUGAUGACAACGAUGCUCUUGAUAUCGUCCACUCUUGCUCCUUCAGCACGACGACCUACAAUGCUGCUGCUGCCACUACCCUGAGUGCUUCGACCACCAGUACUGGAACUGCCGCGUCGGCUGCCACCACUACGGAUAGUGCAGUCUCUGGAGGCAGCUCUCAGGGCUCCACCACUACGGAUACUGCAGUCUCUGGAGGCAGCUCUCAGGGCUCCUCCACUACUGCUUCUGGGGGCUCUGCUUCUUCCCCGACUGCCACAACUGAUGCGGCUGCAGGUAUCUCUGCCCCCGGAGUUAUUUACAUGGCUGGUCUUAUGGGCAUGCUACCUUUAGCUUGGCUUUAA